AUGAAUAAUGAAAUUUUCAACAACACUGAAGAAAAUAAUUCAGAAGAAAAACAAAUCUUAACUUAUGUUGAAGAUGAAGACGGCUUCCAUGCAAAUCUUUUAAUAAAACAAGACCUUCUCUCUAGAGUUAAGAAAAUUGAUUUAAAAAUAAAGAAAGAAAACAUUUUCAAAAAUGUUCCUUCUAAACUUAGUAUUCUAAAUCCCCUUAAAAGGAAAAAUGAAAUCUUCUACUUUGUUAGUACUAAAGAAAUGUCCGUAGACAUAAAAGAUACAAUAGGAGCUGUCUUUCUACCCCUUUUAACUAAGGAACAAAUACAUAAUAACUUAAAAAGUAUUCCAGUUGAGAUUAGAUCAAAAAUUAGAAUGGUCCAUAUCGGAGCUGUAAAAAUUUUGUUAAAAUCCCAAUUCCAAGCAGGAAUAAAUUCUCCCAUAAAAAUGGCCUUAAUUGACAACAGAAUUACUGACAGACAGGACUGCAUCUUAGGUGCUGCAAAGGGAAACCUUGCUUACCAAAAGUUUAUGUUUUCAGUCUAUCCAAAGUUUGCUCUGGAUUUAAAAUCUGCAAAUAUAGAUAAAACCUUAUCUUUUAUACAUCACUUUGAAAGAAGUGACCUAAUGAGUCCAGGUGAUAAACCUUUCACCAUAACAUAUCUCAUAGGAUAUGCCCUGACCAACAGUCACCAUAGCAUAGACUAUAAGAAAGACGAGUACAUCGAACUUGAUGAUGUCUUUUCAGAAAUAGGUCAUGUCAAAGAUAAACAAUUCUGCGACAUAAAUCCUCAAGAAAACUCUUGGGUUUUAAAUAUAGCUAGAAAUAAAAAAGCUCUAGGAGAAACUCUUAGACCAAGAAUUUCUAUGGAUUCACUCCACAUAGGAGAAAGCUCGGAGAGAAAAGAUAAUAACCUAAUAAGAAACAUGUCUUUAAAAAUUGAUAGUCUACGCCAGAAUAUCAAACAAAUCACUGACAUUAUAAAUGAAUAA